CUUACAAGUUGCAAAGUAUCAAGGUAAAGAACAAUUUCAAGUCCUAUCUCAUAUGAAGUACGGAUUAUAGGAAUAUAUGAUACAUAAAAUUUAUCGAGAUCCAAAUAAUUUCGGGUCAAUACUUCACAACUUUCACCAUAACUCCAUAAGGGCACACAAAGCCACAAAUCACAUUCAAGACCCAAUAAGCUGCCAAGAUUUAUGUCAACAGAUACAAAAAAAAAACAAAAAAAAAACCUCCCCAAGUAGAGACGGCGAGCGAAACGCCAAAAAUAAAAAUAGAACAUAUAAUACAAACAAAAGGGUAGUUGAUUCUCUGAGCGAAGGUCUUUUUCUUCAAUCAUAUUCCCUGCAAAACUCGAUAGCAUGAACCUGAAUCGCCGGCCACUCUCACGAUUUCUUCUCCUCCGUCGCUCCACAAUCGCCGGCUACCGCCUUCUCCGCCGUACUUCCGACUGCCGUCUCCCACUCUGCUGCAGCGAACAGCGCUUAGUGUUUCGUGCCAGUCUUCUUCGUUCUAUUCGAGGAAUGAAUAAAACAUAAAAAAAAAAAGUGAUGGGUAGAGAAGGAUACGUAGUUCCCGUGGACCCUCAAAUGAGCUUAAGUGUGGUUUUGAAGAAGAAACCUGCUGGAUCACGGAGUUGGAUUUUACUUGAUUCUUCUAGUCAUGCAACUGUUCUUGACCUUGACAAGCACGCUAUUAUGCACCGUGUUCAAAUUCAUGCUCGUGAUCUUCGUAUUUUAGACCCUCUACUCUCCUACCCUUCUGCUAUUCUAGGUCGUGAAAAAGCUAUUGUUUUGAAUUUGGAGCAUAUUAAGGCAAUCAUCACUGCUGAUGAGGUCUUGCUUCGAGACCCUUCGGAUGAAAAUGUAAUUCCUGUUGUUCAAGAACUUCAGAGGCGCUUAUGUCCUGGAAGUACUGCACCUAAAGCUAAUGGAGAUGGGAAGGAAUCGGGGGGACAUGAUGUUGAAGCUACCGAAGAAGAUGAAUCUCCCUUUGAAUUCCGUGCUCUUGAGGUGGCUUUGGACUCAAUUUGUAGCUUUCUUGCUGCACGUACAACUGAUCUGGAAACUGCUGCUUACCCAGCAUUAGAUGAGCUGACAUCUAAGAUAAGCAGCCGAAACUUGGACAGAGUAAGGAAAUUGAAGAGUGCAAUGACAAGGUUGACUGCUCGUGUUCAGAAGGUGAGGGAUGAGCUUGAACAACUUUUGGAUGAUGAUGGUGAUAUGGCCGACCUUUACCUGUCUAGAAAGCUGGCUGUUCCUGCUUCACCUGUUAGCGGAUCAGGAGCCAAUUGGUUUCCCAGUUCCCCUACUGUUAUCUCUAAGAUGUCGAGAGCAAGCAGAGCAAGUAUGGUCACUGGUCGUAGUGAUGAGAAUGAUGUUGAGGAACUCGAGAUGUUGCUAGAGGCUUACUUCAUGCAAAUUGAUGGGACAUUGAAUAAACUAACAACGCUUCGUGAAUACAUUGAUGACACUGAGGAUUACAUCAACAUUCAGCUUGACAAUCAUCGAAAUCAAUUGAUUCAGCUUGAGCUCUUCCUGAGUUCAGGAACUGUUUGCUUAUCAAUCUACUCUUUGGUGGCUGCAAUCUUUGGCAUGAAUAUACCUUACACUUGGAUGGAUAAUCAUGGUUACCUCUUUAAAUGGGUAAUUAUCCUUUCUGGACUUUUUAGCGCGGUACUCUUUGUGGUUAUAAUCGCAUAUGCUCGUUUUAAAGGGCUUGUGGGAUCUUGAGAUCUGUAAAUCACAAAUCUUUUUUACGGAAUAGCAAAAUCAAUCUCUACCAGUGAAUAAUUCUGGGUAACCUCAUACACACAGACAUAUCUUAUUGGAUCCAGCAUACUUGAAUUGGCGGCAGCCAUUUUCAUGUACAUACUGAUACUGAAAUAUAAUUGACAAAACUCAAUUCUUGGUAACCCUCAGUAGACCUCCUUGCUGAGGCUUUUUUUUCUUUUUAUAUUAGUUUCCUUUUGUAAAUUUACUGAACCUCAGUAAUAGGUGAAACUUUGUGAGUAACAGUUCUUAUCAUCUAAUUGAAACAUCAAUUGCAUCAUACCGAGUGCUAUUGAAUGCUUUUGCUGAA